AGUAGUGAGUCUUAGAGGAAAAACCCACCAGUUCUUCAGUGCACUCAGUAAUAGCUGUCGUCGGUUGAUGAAGACGAUGGCAGUGACAGGAUGGAUCAGUUUACUGGCUGCACUACUGACUACAGCACGCACUGAGGCACACAACCACAUGAGGGAGACAGAGACCUACCAUGUGAGCGCAGGCCACCUCUUCCUGUUGAAGUGCAGAACAUCAGGCCAUGUGACCUGGACCAGAGGGUCAGGGUUCAACCACAGCCUGCCAUCUGGAGUGGAAGUCCGGAAUGGUGUGCUGUGGUUUAUGCCUGUGCAGCUUUUUCAUAACGGAACUUACAUCUGUGAGAAGAGGAACCACAGAGGAGUCUGGAGGAUGGUGUUUGGACUGUCAGUGUCUCCAGAGAAAUGUCCUGAACCAUCUGAGCCCAGAUCAGUCACCCUGGGACUCAACAAAGGGAUUCCCUGCAACCUAGAUGAGAUCUUCAAGCUGAAUAUCCCAACACAGAUACAAUGGAUGAAGGACUGUCAUCCAUUCAAAAGACAGGGUGAUCCUGUUAUUGUGGAUGAAGACAACGGCUUCAUGAGGUUUCCUAAAGCCACACAGAGGGAUGCUGGGAUAUACACCUGCCUGGUAGACAUCAGAUUGAAUGGCACGACGUACACCGCUGCACGCACCACUCGCCUCGAUGUGGACAAUGACACAGUCUCUGUAGAGCCUCAAGUGGUGUCUCCUCAGCAUCAAGUGGUCAUGGUUGAAGUGGGAACAACAGUGGAGCUGCAGUGCUUGGCCUACACAGGCUUCAGUGAGGAUGAAGAAGUCACCAUGUACUGGACGGUUAAUGGCAACGAUAGUGAUGAGUUUGAGGAGUUCAAUGAAUCAGUGCCUCAGUUCGUCCAUCAUCGAGGCAGAACAUAUGCUUUGUCCACUCUGUCCAUUUCUAAAGUCCACCGGCACUUCUUGGACAUCUCCAUCUGCUGCCAUGUAAUGAACCCAGUGGGAUGGGAUGAAGGCGAGUUGCGGCUCCAAGAAGCGAACCACAGUUUCCUCUACACCAGCGUGGUUGUGUGUAUCGCUGCCUCCGUUAUUAUCCUGGUGCUGGCUGUUUUCUUCUUUUUCUUCAGAGUUGACCUGGUGCUUACUUACAGGAAACUCUUGGGAAUGUUCUCCAAACAACAAGCUCCAGAUGAAAACCUCUAUGAUGCUUAUGUGACCAUUUAUCACUCGGAUGCCUCGAGUUCUUCAGAAGUUAUGAGCUUCGCCUUCCAGCUGCUUCCUGACAAGCUUGAAAAACAACAUGGUUACUCCUUGUACAUUAGAGGUCGGGACGACUGCCCAGGAGAAGCGAUGCAUGAUGCCAUUGCUGCGACACUGCACAGAUGCCGCAGAAUGAUAAUCAUCUUGUCUGCUGAAGCUAAAUCUUCCACGGGUUGCAAAACAGAGGAAGUGUCACCAUUAUCUGAUGGCCAGAACCGGCACUACUAUGAGCAAAAAAUUGGCCUUUAUGAUGCUUUAAUCCAGAACAAACUACAAGUGAUUCUGGUAGAAAUAGAUGGUCCAGUGGAUUACACCUGCCUGCCUGAGUCUCUGCGCUACAUCAAGAGGAAACAAGGAGUCCUGAAGUGGAAGCCAGCUUCGUCUGGAAGCCACAAACUCACCAGACUUUACUCAAACAGAAACUUCUGGAAGCAUCUGAGAUACCACAUGCCUUCUGUUCCUACAGGAAAAAUCCAUACUAUGGUUUAAAUCCAAUUUAACCUUCUUGAACCUUUCUAAGGCCAAGAAAAUACGAAUGUUAAUAUUCAGGUUUGUUUCUAAGAAACACUGUAUUUCCUGGAAAAAAAUGGAGCCAGUAUCCGUCAAUUUGUCAUACUGACAUUUGUCAUUCAUCAUGAACUUAUCAAUGGGAAGUCGUGACUGAAUAGUUACUAGUGACCUGCAAAGAGAAGGUCAAGGCAGCUGUUGGAUUACUUUUGUCAAAAUACAGCUAUUAUUUUCAUUCAGCUAUUACAUUAUCGUUUUUGCUGAGCAGUGCAAUAAGGCCACAGACUUCUACACUGGAAAAACUGGAUGACAAAACCCACAAAUUUCAGUUCUCUUUUUACUGCAGCACAAGAAACCUCCAAAGUCAUUUCAGUUGUGUGUAACUUGUGUAUGAAAUUAAUACAAAGUCUGAAGUUUCACAAAAAACAGGAGUUAUCAUGUUUGCACUAUUAUGUUUCAGUAUUAUUUUUGCUAAACCUGCUGUGUAUAUUUUAGCCUGUAUUUAUUUACCACUUUUUGUAUACUAUAUUGUACUGUAUCAUAUUGUUGUAUUGAUUAUACAUGAGCUUCUGUUCUCUAACUACUGCUCUAUGAAUGAGAGAAAUAUUGUUCAUGUAAGUUAUCAUUAAACAUGUUGGACCUUUUGAGCUGCUUAUUAUAGAGGAAAAACAAAGCAAAGGUAUGAAGAAAUUUUCUCUGCCUUCGAACAGUGUUGGAGUCAAACUAACACACAGAUGAGACUGUGGUUAGUGGCUGAUGUGCUGUGGGGAAAAACCACACAUAAUAUGUGAGAACAGUGUGGGCCAGCGAACGUAACAUAUCUCCACAAGUGGGUUUUUUUGGGAGGGUGUUUUAGUAUAUGUGAGACUGUUACAGGGGAAAUCUAUUUUAUGAUUUCUGGUAAUGUGCAGGGGCAGUAUUUCCGUUUUCCAUGCUAUUAUGUGAAGGUUAUGCAAUCUUAUCAAAUGUCAUGUCAUUUUCUAUGAUGGGUUGACACUGGGUUACGAAAUCGUGAUAAGGGAAGACGUACCACUGUGAACAUAUUCUCAGCAAAAAUAGCUUAUUUCUUUCCACCAGUUAACAAAUGUUAAGGUGCUCUGAUGCUGGUUCAUGAUAAACGGUGCAGUGAUCUGGCAUGAAGUUCAACAAUUAAAUGUCACUAAUGCGGGUUAUCUGACUAUGCUGUUGUAGCUGUAAAUAAUGAUGCUAAGCUAAUGGUAACACUGUUGCCAAAGUAUUAUGAUUUUUAUAUGAACAGGAAAAUAAAUUGAGAAGUAGGAGAAGAAUGAGCACCCAGUAGUGCCCAUGGAUGUUUUAUUUUAGACAUGGAUUCCGAUUAGGGAUGUAAACAGUUAAUCGAUUAUCUAUUAAUUGCCGAUAAGAAUUUGCUUGAUUGAAUUAUUAAUUGUCGGUUAAUUGUCCUUUUCCACAGUGGGAUUUGUAGUGUCGACAGUAGGGGGCACCACUGCCCAAACUAGGCUUCAUUGUUGAAGUUGAAUAACACUGCAGCUGGAAUAGCCGGUCACUGAAGCGGACCAUGGCAUUGUUGAGUUGGGGGGGGUGGGUGGCAUCUCCGCUGAAAUCUCGCUCCAUUAUGUCAGGUAGUGAUACAAAGUCAGAAAUGCCUGUUUCUUCUAAACUGCCCCUC